AAGGAGAGGUUCUACGAGGGGCAUUUUGUGUUGGCAACACCGUCGUGCAAGGAGCUGGCUGACCUGAUGAAGCAGUGCAUGAACUACGACCCCCACCAGAGACCCUUCUUCAGAGCCAUCAUGAGAGACAUCAACAAGCUGGAGGAACAAAAUCCCGACAUCAUCUCGGAGAAGAAGCCGGUUACAGAGGUCGAUCCCACUCUCUUUGAGAAAAGAUUCUUGAAGAGGAUCCGUGAUUUGGGAGAGGGCCACUUUGGCAAGGUUGAACUCUGCAGAUACGACCCAGAAGGUGACAACACUGGGGAGCAAGUGGCAGUGAAGUCUCUGAAGCCCGAGAGUGGAGGGAAUCACAUCGCUGAUCUCAAGAAAGAAAUAGAAAUCUUGAGGAAUCUUUAUCAUGAGAACAUUGUCAAAUACAAAGGAAUUUGCACAGAAGAUGGAGGAAAUGGGAUUAAGCUCAUCAUGGAGUUCCUUCCUUCUGGGAGCCUCAAGGAGUAUCUCCCCAGGAACAAGAACAAAAUCAAUCUCAAACAGCUUCUCCGAUACGCCGUCCAGAUCUGCAAGGGGAUGGACUACCUGGGCUCCUGCCAGUACGUGCACAGGGACCUGGCAGCAAGAAACGUCCUGGUGGAGAGUGAGAACAGAGUGAAGAUUGGGGACUUCGGGCUCACCAAAGCCAUCGAGACCGACAAGGAGUAUUACACUGUCAAGGACGACCUGGACAGCCCCGUGUUCUGGUAUGCUCCAGAGUGUCUGCUCCAGAGCAAGUUCUACAUCGCCUCCGACGUCUGGUCCUUCGGGGUGACCCUCUAUGAGCUGCUCACCUACUGUGAUUCCGAGUGCAGCCCCAUGGCA